GUAGAAAUGGAUCUAGAUACAGCUUACAUUGAACCAUUGAUUCAUGAUUGGAUGGAACAUCUUCAGCAAACUAUGAGAAAACAGGAACAAGAGCAGAUUGCUAAUGCAACCGAUUUUGCUAUACCAUUUGUAGCGAUUUCAGCAUCUACUAUGAAAGCUGCUUUCAAGAUAGCGGAAUACUUGGAGUUAGAGCCAAAUGUCAAGUAUAUGGCUAUUGAGCUGUACGACAGAUUCAUGUGUAGACACUUUUGGGAGCUUUUUAAGACUGAGUUUGCAAAUGAUCCAUCUGAAGCAUUGUGGUUUAAAAUUUGCAAGAAAACUUCUAAUCAAACAAAAUUAAAUCUAAUGUCAUGUUUUCAAUUGGCGUGCAAAAUGGAUUCUCAUUCCAGUAUCUUAGGAAUACCUCAGAUUCUUAAUAUUCUAUAUCUAAUUGACAAAGAGUCUGAAUAUACGCGAAAUAUGAUUUCCUCUUCGGAAAUUAAAGUUUUUAAAACAGUAGGAUUUACAAUGCCCCUUUACACACCAUUGCAUUGUAUCGAAAUUCUUCUGGCAGCGACAGGUCUUGGAGAAACGCCAAAUACAUUUAACAUUUCGAUAAAUUUAUUGGAUUUGGCUUAUCUAAAGCAUGACAGAUUGUACUCACAAUUUCAUUCAUAUUACAUGCACAAAGAUACUAUAAAUACAGAAUAUGUAGCCCGGAAGCUGAUAUCAUUGAAAUCCAACGUACUUUACUUAAGUGCAGCAAUAGUAUAUUGCACAACGUUUUUUCUAUGUUUGGAUACAAAUGCUUUGGGAGAGCAAAUUAUUGUAGCAAAAUUGGCAGAAUUAUCAGAUACAACCGAUACUGAUAUUUUCAACAUGGCCAAUAUAUUGCUCUCAAUAGCAACACAAGAGUAAUGUAAUAGAUUGCAUAUUAAACAAUUUUACGUAU